GUAGGAGUUGUUGUUUGGAGGAGCACGUGUGGCGCACGUUUACGCACGUUGGAACGAGUGCUUGUGCCGUGUUAUGGUCUCUGCUGGUACCGCUUGUGCAUUGCUUCGAGUUCGGUCGUUCGGUGUGAGCCUCAGUUAGAGAUAGCACAACAUGAGCCAUAUAUUAGUUAAAUGGUUGUCGUCGUCACAGUGGGAUGUGUACAACGUCCGAGCGAUUGUGGACACCAGUGUAAGCCUGCAACUGCUGAUGGACGCAAAUGCCAUUGUAAAUUUGCGCGGCACCGUGGUAGCCGUAAAUUGGAAGGAGGGCGAGCCGGCGGCAGACGCCGAGUUGCUGGACUUCGGGUUAGAAAGGACAAUGGAGCGCCGGCGAACAAAACUGGUGCGGUUGGCGAGCACGGCUUUGGACAGUGCCAAGGAGGUGCCUUCAGAGGAGAAUGCGCCGGACGAGGCUGGUGCUCAGUGUGCCUGCAGUGCCUCACAGCAGGUCAAAGAGCUUGAAGACGAGGUCAGGGAGCUACGCAAGCGGCUAGCAGUUGCUGAAAACAUGCUUGACUCCUAUGACAUGGUAAAAAAGUUGAGGAAAAUCUUGAGGAAGACGGAGAAAGACCCAUCUCCUGCUGUUGAAGCCGAAAGGGUUAACAUCGGCGGAGGCGUUUUGGUUGAGAAAACGCUCCUGGAGCGCCUCCAUUCUCACUGCAGUGGGCCUACAAAGUUCGCCAGGCAUCUUCUCCGGAGUGUUUUUACUCUGGAGGAGAUGCGUGGCAAAUCGCUCUUCGGGAAGGGCAGCAAUGCCAAUAAGAAUGCCGAAGUUAAGGAGGCACUGGACCCAGUCAGGGUCAACGCAGUGAUCGGCUACACAUGCAGCAAGUUUUCCACUUCAACACUGCAGCUGAAGAAUAGCUUGUCGUCGAUGUUGGCACGAGAGCUCAGGUGAUGUGCUGCGCACACGAAGUAUUUAUAAUAU